UCGAUCAAACUUUCGUACAACAGAAAAAUUCAGUUCAAUGAACCCUUUCUCCUCGGUAUGUGGCUUUUCUCACAGUUUUUAACUCCAAAUUUGUUCGACGAUGAGCCUUGAGACGUGAAAAAUGUCGGGAUUUUUAAUGACACUGAAACAAAAUUGAACAAUGCGAAAAAGUGGCGCUUCAAUGAAAUUCCUGCCGGGAACUCGGCCAAGAAUGUCGUUGAUUUUAGUACGAAACUCGAUUGAAUAAUUUUCGAAAAACAUUCUCAGGAUUGUAAAAAAAUGAAUUUUUCCAUUUCGUUUCAUAAAUAAUAUUUCAUCUCAAAUAGCUUUUUCGUUCAAACUCUCGUUCAACCGGCAACUUUUUCAUCUUUUUUUGAACCAAAGGGCCCUACCAUGGAGCUGGUCUCGCCCCUCGCACAGCAGGAUUGCCCGAAACCGCAACCAAAGUUCCUCCAUCGUCGGAUGAUGCGAAACGAAACAAGAGGACACAAACGCCGGUGAAAGAUUUCCCGAUCUCGAGAGAUGAAAAUAAAGCAACCGGAGAGAGCGUGAUGAAAAAUGCAGAAGGAAGAAGAGGAACUUGUGUAAGCGAGGGCAGAGCACGUGGAAGUUUCGAGAAGGUUCGAAACCGAGGGAAGAUGGACGAAGCAAAGGGAAAAUCGGCAGAAAACCGGAUGAAAUUGAUAAACGAGCCUGACGCGAAGCGGGGAUCGAACGAAUCGCGAAAGGGCGGCUCGGCCACGCCGAGGAAAUUGUACCGGAACAGCGAACCGGUUCCGGUGGCGAACGAGCCGAUUUCACCGACGCCGGACGAUUCAUCGCCUCGGGAAGCGUGCCGAGUUACGACGACGAAAGAAGAGACCGGUCAAAUGACGUGGAAAACGGAACGAACGGAAAUUCGAGAAGGCGGUUUAACGGGAAGGCCGGAAACUCGAUUGGCCGAGGAGUUACCGAUCCCGGAAGAAACGAUGGAAGAAAUUGAUUCCGAAAGAUCGAGGACUUAUCCGAAAUAUCGUCGAGCCGUUGAAAAAGAUAAAGCGGCGGACGCGGAGGUCGGGAGCGGCAGAACAAUGACCGAGGGCGUUGUGGUUACCGAUUUCAGAGACUCGCCACCGAUUUCCGGUCCUGUUUUGAAGCUCCGACUGGAAAAACCUGGCGAAGAUCCAAAAACGCCGAGCGGAGCAAAGGAACAGGAAGUUUCAUCGAAAAAUCGUCAAGAGCCGGUUUCCAAGCCGAGUUACGAAGUCCCUAAAGUUCAUCGACCCGUCGAGCCCAAGGAGAGUUUAACAUCUCGUGAAAAACCGUUUAAAACUCGAAAAGACAGUUACGAGCGUUUUCCGAUGGAAGAGCGCAAGCCGAUCGACGAAAAAUCAGUUAAGAGAUCGGACGAAGAAAAAAGCGAUCGUCCAAAAGACGAGGAAGAAGAAAUAAUCGAAGAGUUACAAGGUACCGCCGUAAGCCGAAGCGAUUAUUCGGCUACGAGUAGAAUGAAAAGAACGAGAUCGGUAACCCGUAAAGGCGAGGACCCUUAACGAUUCACAAGCUCUAGGCUCCGAUGUCGAUCAAUUCUUAAUCGUAAAGAUCCGAAAACGAUUUAUAGCUGGCUACGAGAAACCGACAGAACCGAAUAAGGUGCGAUAUCCUCAAAAAGUAGAAGCCAACAGUACUGACAAAACUGCAAUGCGAUAGAAAAAACUCGGUACCGAGAACGCUGAAUUUUCAAUCACCGUCGUCGUUAUCGUCAUUUUAAUCUCAGUGAAAAAAUUGAAGAACAAAAUGAACGAGCUCAGUCAAGACUCGUGGAAGAACGUUAUAAAAUUAAUUUUAUUUUAAUACGCAAAACACACAGGAACAUAGUACGCUUAAAGCUCAAACGCCGAGGCAUCUUAAUGCUAAUAAUAAUAAUAAUAAUAAUAAUGAUACGUAGUAUAAUUAAAAUCUCUCUCAUAAGCUGUCAUUUUUUAAUGAGUAGCGAAAAUGAUCGUUAUAAAAUAAUUUGGUAAACGUUUAUUGAAUCUCGUUGAUCGGAGGAGAAAAAAACUAUCGAUUAUUAGUCUUGCGUACAUAAUUUAUCUUGUUCUUUGAUCGAUCGCAGCGUCAGUGACGCAGAUUCGUGCAAUCCUCAUAAUUAUUUAAUGAGCCGUAGUAGACGCUCUUGAUAUGAAGUAAACAAACAGAAAAAAAAACACAUUUAUAGGUGUAUAUAGCUGGACAUUAUUCAUGCUCGUAAUUGUUUUUACUCAAUCAAGAUUCGAUAGAAGUAGAACGUUCAAAAAUCGAUCGUGUUAAUCACUGAUUUAUGUAUUCAUCGAAUUGUAUCGAUGCGAAUAAAGCAAAAAAAGAACACAUCAAGACGCUGCACAGAAGUGCAUUCUU